GUCUGGUGGCUUCAACCUCAACGCGUCUUUGUUGUUUCUGCCAAGCUUUCUGCUUAGAAGAAAUGCAAUUAUUGUUCGUUUAAUGUUCAUUCUAAAGUUUUAGACAUGUGUAAGUUUAUUUGGCCAUUCGCUAAGUAACCUUUUCUCCUUGCCUUGCUGGCUCUCCAUUUGGAAAUACAUAUGCCGCAGCACAUAACCUAUGGUUUUCUAAGGAGCUGGUCUAAUGUUUUACAAUUUUUCCAAGGUUGGAUUUUCACUCAUGAAGAGCAGUACAAAGUCAAAGUUCCUGCAGUUUUUGGUGAAAAAAACUUUCAGGCUACGCUAACAGCUGCCAAAGAAAAGAAACAACGAGCAGCGGACGGUUUGAUUGAAGACCUGCACCUUGAAUUUGGAGCUGAAUUUUUUUUUACUCUGCUGCUGAACACCCAUUUUAGCAUUCCUUCUAUAAUGGUUCAUUUCUGUUCAGUGGCACAUUGCAAAGGAAAGUGGCGUAGUGGCUCUAAACAUCUGAGAUUUCAUUCUUUUCCUAAAGAUGAAGAGACAUGCAAGCUAUGGCAAAAGGCAGUUGGGAGGCUUAAUCCACCAUCUAAUUCAAUGAAGGUGUGCAGCAGACAUUUCAGUGAGGAUGAUUAUCAAAUAUUUUUACCUGGUUGCAAACGUCUUAAGAAAUCUGCUGUUCCAUCGGUGUAUUUACCUUCUAAGGUUGACGCUUUUUCCCAAACUGACGAUUGUGAUGGGAUGAUAAAUGUCUGUUCAAUGAGUCAGUUAUGUUCAUCAUUUGAGAUGGAAUACGAUCCACAACGAUGUCCAACUCCUACUCCUGAGUCGCCGCAGUUCUCUGAAGAGAACUUUUUGAAUGUGGCUAUUAAAGAAGAAAUUGACUUGAUACCUUCAAUGCAGCUGAUCACAAGAGAGAGUAGUGGAGAGAUACGUUUCAGUCAACCGGAACCAAAUGAUAUUUUAUUAAACGAUUUUGAAUUUGACUUCUUGAGUGGGAUUUCCAAAAACUGCUUUCAGAGCCUAUUUGCCUUGUUGACUACAGAAUCUCUUACGUUGCCCUCCUGUAACAUGAGUGCCAAGAAUCAGCUCUUGCUUACCUUGUGCAAAUACAAGUACAAUUUGCCAUAUCCCAUUUUGAACAUAAUUUUUAAAAUCAAGGAUUCUGAUGCACUUGCAGUAUUUUCAUUUUGGACUUAUCAUAUUUUCAAAACAUUGAAAUUAAACUCUUUGGUAGAUGUAAAACCAGAGAAAAGCUUGCAACAAUCUGUCAGUGUGGGCUUUUUGAAGAUUCCUGUACUGGAACCAUCAUCCCCCUGUGCUCAUCAACAUGAACACUCUUACUCUGAAAGUUGUCCCUAUCUUAAAUCACUUGUUGUGAUUGAUGAUGAUAGUCAAUUGAUUUUGUACUGCUCCAAACUUUAUGGAGUAUUUACACGUGAUGAAUCCAUGUUGCUAGAUAAAGAAUUUCAGCAGUGCCUUGCUGCAAGCACCUCCAUUAAAUGGUAUGGGGACUUCAAUUUAUCACAGUUAUUUCCUGAUAAAGAUAUUGAAGUUGUUAUAUCAGACAAUAUCUCCUCAUGCCUAUGCAGAAAGCGACAUGACUAUGGUGCCGUUUGUGCAUCUUCUUCUGUUCUGCUUACCAAACAAUUUCAAAACUUGAUGGCAUUUUUCAAAAUUUUAUCUGAAGGCUUGCCCUAUGGCCUCUUAAUCAUCUCAUCUGAAAUUGUUUUCAAUUGCAUGACUAUUUUUAAUUUUAGGAGUGGAUCAACUGAAAAUUGAAGUCUGGCAAGCAAGUGUGUCUUAUUAUUUAUUUUUUAAAAUUAGAAUUUGGAGUGUGUUUCUUUGAUAUAUAAUGUUACAGGACUGUGUUCAAUGACUGACCUCAGGUGAAAUUUAGUGUUGAGCAUGCAUAAGCUUUCAAAGAAAAUGCUUCGUAAUUUAUGAUCUAUUUGUUUGUGUAACAAACUAAAUGGUUUGUACCUUACGUAUGCUCAAAAUACUCUGUAAGGCUUAACUAUGUGGACACUGCAGGAAAUAACCACAACAAAAGUACACAAAUUUCUGGCAAAUUUUUUAUUAGGAAUUAAGUGUACUUUUCAAGUACAACAAUUGUUGUACAAAAUACAAUGGAACCGGC